AUGUUGCAGCCCGAGGUAUUUGUUCUUUUCGCAGCCGCCCAGAUCCUGCUAUUUGCUCCUCAGAAUUGGGAAUCAGAUCGUGACUACACGCGCGACACAGCUCAGUACCUCCACCGAUUUCCGACUCCUGAAUUCAUCGGAGGCGGCACAGACAAAACGGUUAGUGGCCUGUACUCGAUGGAGGAUCUUCUCCGUGCCAUCUUGAUGUUCUAUUCCCUGAUCAAGCGUCGAACUUAUUUUGUUCCUUGGCUUGGCACGCCACCUUCCGACUCGAAUUUUGCCUUCGUAGGAUACUAUGAUCCCAACGCUGAAGCCGGUCCGCCUGUUGUGGAAACACGGUCUGAAAGCAUUGACAGCCAAGUCAACAACAAUGGGGAUGGCAACGCACUGGACACCGGUAUUGCAGUUUCUGCUGAGCCCAAUUUUGACAAUAGCACUAUAAGUUCUAGUGACGAAGCAAGCAUUGACAGCCAAGUCAACAACAAUUGGGAUGGCGACGCACUGAACACCGGUAUUGCAGUUUCUGCUGAGCCCAAUUUUGACGAUGGCACCAUAGGUUCUAGUGACGAAGCAAGCAUUGACAGCCAAGUCAACAACGACGAAGCAAGCAUUCAAACGGGCAAUAUCUCUUCUGGUACAGAAGAAAGCGUACCAAACAUCACUUCUUCCCCUACUCGGGCGCUCCAGAAUCCUCUCGAACAAUUUCACGACCAAGACGACGGGAAGCGUCCGGCCUCCGAAUCUGAUGGAGAUGAGGCAAAGAGGCACAAGACAAGCGCUGCUGAAGACAAGUCUUGGCCCGAGUCUUGGGCCGAGUUUUUGGACGAGUCUUCGGACAUGUCUUGGAACGAUUCUUGGGACGGGUGGUUUGAUUAG